CCGACAGCACAAGUAUAACGUAGCUGGUGAUGUCGAGAAAAUGUACAGGGCGAUUGAUCUUAACCCUUCUCAACGCUCUUUUCAACAAAUAAUUUGGAGAUAUGAUUCCUCACAGCCCUUAAAAACCUACACUCUUAAUACCGUCAGCUUUGGGCAAGCUUCGGCACCGUACCUAGCAACGAAGUGUUUGGUUUCAUUGGCAUCUAGCACCAUCGAUAGCGAUUUUAAAGAAUCGAUUCAGCGGGACUUUUAUGUUGACGAUUAUUUAAGCGGCUCAUCGACCAUUGAAGACACAAUUAGGCUUUGCAAGGGUGUCAUAUCUACUUUAAAAUCAGCCCAAUUCAAUUUAAGAAAAUUUCAAUCAAAUAACAAGUACAUACUUGAACAAAUUUCGCCUACUUCGGAGGCAAAUAAUAGUUUGGACACCUCUGGAGUUGCGGGCGCCAAUAAAGUACGGCAGCCGAUUACUAACAGGGGGGUUGCAAGCUUGCGUGUUAUUAAUAAUAAAUACGUAAUAUAACGGAAAAUAAAUAACAUUUUAUUCUUAUAAUUAUUAAUAAAGUCUCGCAAAUAUGACACUUAAGCUUUUAUUUUAAAGAUGUUCAAUGAUGCUGCGUUACGUAUUUCUAUUGGUAAACUAUUGUAGAGCUUCGGUCCUUCCCGAGUAAUUUUUUUCUGACCAAACUGAUUUGUUCGCUUAAGAAAGACAUUAAAUAAAAUCUAUAGCGGACAUGAUCAGGUUAAUAUAAUAUGUUAAAAUAACUCGAACUUUUCAAAUCGAGAGACACUUUUUAGGUAAGGAUGUUCUAUUUAGAUGACAAUGUGGUCAAAGGCUUGAUUUUCCUAAAUAAAGAAAGGGAGUCUUGCCCAAGCUUGCUGUGCAGCAUUGAAGCCAGCCACAUUGAUGCAGGAGAGAUCAAGGAAUCUGGAUAAUUCUUUCCUUGAGUAAAAACAGAACACUAUAAAUCAGUCAGCAUAUUAAUAUACACUUCAGUCGGUGGCAAUUUGAUUUGAACAUCUGGCUGAUCAGUUAUUAGAAUACAAUAUUCAAUUAAGGCGAAAACACACUUAUCCCACUAAGAUCAUAAGUAUCACCAAACACCAUGCUUGUGCUGAUUGUCCUGGCGACGGUCUGCCUUGCCAGCAGCACGGUCUUGGCUGCACUUGACAAACCAUUUUACGACGUCGAAGACGCUGAGAGCCUGUUCAAGGAGUUUCUCCAAGAGCAAAAGAAAGUAUACAACCGAAGGGAGUAUUACGAAAGGCUUGACAUUUUCAAGGAAACCUUAAAAACUAUAAAUGAGCAAAAUGAGAAAUUUCCUGAUACUGUAUUUGCAUUAAAUCACUUCGCUGACUUGAAGCCUCACGAGUUAGAGUAUUAUCGUGGUUUCAAACUCCCAAAAGAUAUAAAUUUGACGAAUGUUGAAAUCACCGAGGGAUUGGGUAGUGCGCCUGAAUCAUUUGACUGGAGUAAACAAAAUAAGGUUACACAUGUUAAGAACCAAGGACGAUGUGGCAGUUGCUUCAUCUUCAGUGCUGUUGGCGAUAUUGAAGGGCAGUAUGCUAUUAAACAUGGCCAGCUCGUAGCUUUGUCCGAAAAACAGGCUCUCGACUGCCUUAUUGUUGGAUCCUGUAAUGGAGGAUACAUGGAUAAAUUUAUGCAGGAAUUAGCUCAACGACAAAUGAAAGUUGAUAAGGAAGAGGAUUAUGUCUCCUACAACGCAGUCAAAGAAACCUGUCAAAAUGACCCCAGCAAGGGACUUGUCCAGUGCACAGGCGGUGUGAGGAAACAAAUAAUGGACGAAGAACAGUUGAAAGCCGAAUUAGCCAACCGUGGACCUAUCUCGAUUGCUAUAAACGCCGAAGACGUACUCUAUUAUAAGAGCGGUAUACUAAUACCUAAUCUGUGCAAAGGACAACAAAUUAACCAUGCCCUGCUUUUGGUGGGAUACGGAGAAGAAAACGGCCAAAAGUUCUGGAUAAUCAAGAAUUCGUGGGGAAUUGGCUGGGGCGAGGCGGGCUACUUCAGAUUGUUGCGAGGAGUCAACGCAUGCGGUAUUGGGUCUUACAUAGCCGAAUCCACUGUGGAAUAACUCUCUAUUGUUAUGUUAUCUGAGCAUUUAAAAAAAUCACGAAGCACCACAUCAUAGAUCAUAGCAAAAUUCUAAAUCAAAUGUAAGGAGUAAACAGCAGUUCCUUGCCUCCUACUUUGCCAUGUUGACUCACAUUAAAAUACAUAUUUUAUCUUUUAUUGUGGUUUACAUGGCAAAGCCACAUAAAUGCUGACCAAUUGCAACGUGAAAUUUAACAGCGACGCAUACUGCAAUCUCCUUAAUCAUUGUUAUUUGUUUAAUUAAUAUCAUCAUCAUUUAACUAUUGGAUACAA